UAGUGUAGUAAAUUGUGGUAGUGUAGUAAUAAAAUAAGACACAUGGAUAAAAAUAUGGAGACAUAGGACAGCUGAACAUUAAAGUAAUGGACUACAUGUUUACAUUGAUUAUGAGACUGUGGUAAUGGAAAUUUCCUAAGGGACGUUCUGGCUCUUGUAUUUUCUCCAUUGUGCUGACAGACUGACUAGACAUGUCAGUUCCUGGGCACUUAGACCCACUAGACAUAUAGUCUGACCAGUCCAUUAUGUACACACAUGUCAGAAAGAUAGGCGCUUAAAGAAAUUGGACACUAAACACAUAGUCUGCUGAUUCUUUAAAGAGAUACACAUGUCAGAGAAAUAUGUGUUUAGGGCACUUAGACCCACUAGACAUAUAGUCUGACCAGUCCAUUAUGUACAUACAUGUCAGACACAUAGGCUUAAAGAAAGUUGAGACACUGGGAUAGAGGGUCUGGCCACCAUGAUAAACUGAUUGAAAGCAGAUGGUGGUGAAUGACUUCAUCGGGGAUGAGCAUAAUAUUAUAUGGGUAUAAAUAUAAAGGACUGGACUUCGGAGGAGUGUGUGUUCCGCGGACAUUCCAAAUUGCAAUACAAUUGUAAUAAAAACAUUUAUUUGAGUUUUACAAAAGUUCUUGUAAGAGUUAUAUUUGAAGUGAUUUUCCACGACAGAACUUGGCGAGCUUGGCCAGGAGUGACAGGGACGGGGACGUUCUUGGCUGAUGACGGGUUCUUUGGACAGUCUGACAAACAAGGGUGGCCGCCCAACUAUAAUAAGGAGAAAAAGACGGUGCCGGAGCCUGGACCUGAGGGACAUCUCCCAGUGAUACCAGGGGAUCUGGUCUACGUUCGAGUGUUUCGAAGGAAGUGGGAUCAGCCGAGGAGAGAAGGACCCUACGAAGUGGCAACAGCCACAAAAACAGCAGUCCAAGUGAAAGGAAGCAAGACGUGGUACCAUCUAAACCACUGCACACGAGUCCCAACAGAGAAAAGGAUACAACCACAUAGAGAUGAGAACACAGAGGAUGCUGAUACACCAGGCGGGAGCCCGGAGGGAGCAGGAGCAGAGGAAACGAUCGAAACGCCAGGGAGGAGUCAAGAAAAUGGCAGACCAGAUACAAGCCAAGAUACGACGAGUGCAUCAACUAAAGCUCUCAGAAGAAGUACCAGGGGAAAAAAGUCUGAACAGGAAAGGGAAAAACAACCAAAGCUUCCUCAGGUAUGGUCAGAAAGCCCAGAAAUGGGGGGGAGUAACAUGCCUGUUGCUCCUGAUGACAUACCUGCUGUGGCAGACCUCUUUGACAGAAGCCCUCCACAGUGGGAUCCCGAAGUACCACCUGCAGAAUGGGAACAUCUCUUCCCUGAAAUUGAUACCCUUCCAGAUGAAAGCCCAGUCCGGCCUGAGGAGGGAGCCUCAGGGGAAGAAAGAGGAAGAGAAGCCUCACGAGAAAGGGAAGGGGAUUUCCCCACAAUUGACUUUUCAACUCUUGAAGGGUCCCCCUAACAAACAAUUGAAGUUAGAAUGGCAGAAAAAAGACAUUGACAUAGCAAAAGUGAUAAUGAAUACUAGUACAGAAAUAACAGACUCACACAUGAUCAAGAAGUAUGGUGGAAGCAGGAAAAGAAGAGAGGAAUCAGCCGAACAAUUAAAAAGGACUGACCAGGUUAGAAUCUCUGUUCCACCUCAACUCAUAACUGAAAUAGGAGAGCAGAAGACAAUCUCAAUCAAAAGGAUCAAGCCUCUACCUGAGAUUGCAUUCUGUGGAUGGACACAUCACCAAACAAAGGGAGAAGUCAUUUGGGACCCAAAAGGAUGUGACCUGACAGUAACCAAAGAAGCAGACGAGUGGGUGCUCACCAUGAAUCAGAUUGAACCAGUUGAAGGUGAAGAAUUAAUAGUUGAAAUAACAAGAACCAGAUGGACCGAAGGGAGUAGCACCACAGUCAUUAGAAUUGGUCCUACGCCAAUACCUAAACAGGAAGAGCCGGUGAUAACUAAAACGACAACAACAGUGGAAACUGCUGCAAGGAUUACAGCAGUUACUACCAAGGUAUCAUCCAUUGCCAUUAACAAACAGUCCAAUGUACCCACAAAGAAACCUGAGGCAUCAGAACCAGAAGGGUUUUUUACUGACAUUUGGAACUUUCUAAAAAACACUAACAAUCGGCCUCUAGAAAAGGACAAUGUGAAUUCAACUGAUGCUUUAACUUCAGAACUAUACAAGGACAAAUCAUUGAAGAAAUUAGUAGGAAAUGAAUGGUAUGAAUGGGCUCAAUAUACAGCAAUGAAAUUAAAAUUGACAAAUUGCUUACUAUGUGCACCCUCUCCGCUGACAGAAUUAGUGGUGGUACCAAAUCCUUAUGAUUACAAGGAUUGUGCUGAUUUUAAUAAGAACUUUUGUCAUUUGAGUAGACCAGAAAGGCCUUAUUGCCCAGCUGAAUGUUUGUCAUAUUUGGGUAAUCCAUAUUAUCAUCAGUAUUACAAUCAAACUGGUUGGGGUAAGUGGUGUAAAGAAUUGGAUAUAAGAAUGGAAGUACAGAAGCUAGAGGUCCCACAUAAAUAUCGGAUAGAUUAUCAACAAACAUAUGAAUGUUUUAACAGCACAAAAGGACAGAAUGGGAUAGGGAAGUUUAAAGGUGAGUGUGAGAUCACAUGGCACUUAACUACGGAUACCACAUGGAAUGCAGACACUCCAAGAAGGGCUACUUAUCAAGCAGCUGGAAGUUGGGUGGGAAAAGUAGUCAUUCAUGAUAGUUGUCAAAAUCAAACUCUAGCACUACCCUUAAUUGCACCGUAUGAAGAACAGACCAAGGUAGUUGCAGAUUUCUUCUGGAUAUGUGGGGGGAAUAGAUUAAGGGCAACAUUGCCAAAGGGAUGGACAGGCCUCUGUGCAAGAGUUAGGUUGAUUCAACAGAUAACUAUCACUGAAUGGGAUCCUAGUGAUGCUAGGCAACUAAAUACUAAAAAUAGAGUAAAAAGAGAAUAUAAGUCUGACCCCAAGGUCUAUUUGGAUGCAAUAGGUCAACCUAGAGGUGUUCCUAAUGAGUACAAAGCAAGAGAUGAGAUUAAAUCAGGAUUUGAAUCAAUCUUUUUGUGGAUAACACCUAAUAAGAAUUUAGAGUGGAUUAAUUAUAUUUACUAUAACCAACAGAGAUUCAUUAACUAUACCGACUCGGCUCUAACAGCGUUGGGGGAACAGGUACAGGCUACCAGUAAAAUGACUUGGCAAAACAGACAGGCUCUUAAUUGGCUAUUAGCAGAGAAAGGUGGAGUUUGUGUUAUGUUUGGAGAUGAUUGUUGCACUUUUAUUCCCAAUAACACUGCGCCUAAUGGAUCCUUCGCAAUCGCUAUGGCUAAACUUAAAGGUUUACGAGCAGAGGUUAAGGCAAAUGCUGGGUUUGACUCUCAUGUUUGGGAUUGGUUGGAUCUAGCAUUAGGAAAGUGGGGAGUUAUGUUUGCUAAAAUGGCUAUUAUGCUGGGAGGAGGGUUAUUGGCUCUGGGUAUUGUAUUUUGUUGUGUUUUACCCUUGGUAAAAUCACUUGUGGUCCAGACAACAGUCAAACAGAUGUCUGUAAGGAGUGCUGACCCUCCUGUGGUAAUUAAUCCUGUACCUGGAAGCCCAGGUCAUUAUACUAAUAGAUAUGGAAAGCCAUGUAAUGCGGUUGGUGGACCUCUGGACUGCCCCUUUGGCAAUCCAAACUGUCUCUAUGGAGUGAUGCCGGGAGGUGGUUAUGCUUGCCAUGAUUUCAGUAAGGAUGGUCUACCUGUAUAUGCUGUAUUCCCAAAUUCAGACGAAUGUCUACUGGUACAUGUCCACAAAGAGUGUCAUUUGCGCCGUAAGUGCAAGUGGUGCACAAAAUUUAAUGUGGAAGGCCAUGACCAUCACGGAGACCCCGUGUUUUGCGCAAAAUGUCAAAGAGGUGAUUGUAGAAUCUGUCAGGAUGAGGAUUGUGCUCCUAUGUAAGGAUUUUAGUAUAUCUAUGUUUGUUUAAGGCCUUGUGUUUUUGUAUGUUUGGUUGAAUUUUUAGAUAUAUAUAUCAAUGAAUAUAUAUAUGGUUUUCUUUAAUUAAAGCUAGUUAUGCCUUCUAAAAACUAGGUUAAUUUCAAAAACAUGUUAGGUAACAGAGGGUAUUCCGGUUACAAGUGUCUAUGGACCAUGUCCUUAAUCUUCUAAACAAAGGUUGAUAUCAGUUGAUAUCACUUUAUUAGAGAGGUGUCUGCGAGGGAGGAUCAUGUUGAAAUGCUUAAAUUUAGAAUGAUGUUGUGUCAAUUUUCUUUUGUAACUGCAUGUAGGUCUUUGAUUUUUUUUUGAUUAUUCAUUUAUUAUUAUAUUCAUUGGAUUGUUUAAAUUUUUAAUUUUCACAUAACUGAGAUAAACUCAGGCAAGGCUAAGUACCUACACGCUCAUGCUUCAUCAAAUAUGUCAUAUUUUAUCUUUCUAAUUUUAAUGUUUCUAAUUAGAUCUUUUACUCUUAUGAAAAUUAGAGAUGUUUGGUCUAGUUAGGUUUUCUUUAAUGUUUCUGAUUGGAUCUUUUACUCCUAUUUCACAUUGGAGAUGUUUGGUCUAGUUGGUUUAUAUGCUUCACUUUGUUUUUAUUUUUUGUAUUUUCUUGAUUAUUAUAGGUAUUCUCAUUUACUAUCCCAAAGUCUUAUUUGUAUCAUUUAUGUGGCUAAAUAGCCCCAGAGGGGGGAUUGUGGUAGUGUAGUAAAUUGUGGUAGUGUAGUAAUAAAAUAAGACACAUGGAUAAAAAUAUGGAGACAUAGGACAGCUGAACAUUAAAGUAAUGGACUACAUGUUUACAUUGAUUAUGAGACUGUGGUAAUGGAAAUUUCCUAAGGGACGUUCUGGCUCUUGUAUUUUCUCCAUUGUGCUGACAGACUGACUAGACAUGUCAGUUCCUGGGCACUUAGACCCACUAGACAUAUAGUCUGACCAGUCCAUUAUGUACACACAUGUCAGAAAGAUAGGCGCUUAAAGAAAUUGGACACUAAACACAUAGUCUGCUGAUUCUUUAAAGAGAUACACAUGUCAGAGAAAUAUGUGUUUAGGGCACUUAGACCCACUAGACAUAUAGUCUGACCAGUCCAUUAUGUACAUACAUGUCAGACACAUAGGCUUAAAGAAAGUUGAGACACUGGGAUAGAGGGUCUGGCCACCAUGAUAAACUGAUUGAAAGCAGAUGGUGGUGAAUGACUUCAUCGGGGAUGAGCAUAAUAUUAUAUGGGUAUAAAUAUAAAGGACUGGACUUCGGAGGAGUGUGUGUUCCGCGGACAUUCCAAAUUGCAAUACAAUUGUAAUAAAAACAUUUAUUUGAGUUUUACAAAA